AUGGAGAAGCAUAUUUUCUUAUUGAUUCUUUUCUUUCUAGUUCAAUAUUACUCUCAUUCUAUAACACUUGCUUUGUCAAAUGAAACAGACCAACAUGCUUUAUUAGCUUUCAGAAACGUUACUACAAGUCCUAGACAUUUUUUGGCCAAUAAUUGGACCAAAAAUACUUCUUUUUGCUCUUGGCUUGGUGUCACUUGCAGUUCGAGAAGGCAAAGGGUUGUUGCCUUGGCUCUUCCUAAUUUGAAACUUCAAGGCACAAUUGCCCCGUCUUUGGCCAAUUUUUCCUUUCUCAGUGUUCUCAAUCUUGGGAACAACAGCUUACAUGGUGACAUCCCUUAUGUCCUUGGCCACUUGCCUCGCUUAUGGGUGAUCGAUAUUCAGAACAAUCAGCUCCAAGGAAGUAUCCCAACAAGCCUAUAUCAACACCAGAGAGUUCAAGUUAUUUCAUUGGCUUUCAAUAAAAUCGGUGGUGAAAAGUGGAAAGGGCCAUGGAAUGUACCCAAGUUCAGUGCCUUAAAUCUCAGGAACAAUAGCCUCACAGGUAUAAUCCCUCCUUCGGUUGGAAAUGCCACAAAAUUGACGAACUUCAGUUUGUCUGGAAAUAGAAUCAACGGAAACAUUCCAAAGAAGAUUGGUAAUCUAAGCCAGCUUGCAAUUUUGGACUUGCAUGAUAAUCAGUUAACAGGUAACAUUCCUGCAACACUGUUUAAUAUCUCGUCGCUGCUUGCUGUAUCUCUGAGAAUCAAUUGCCUUUUUGGUCAUCUCUUGCUUGAUGAAGGGAAUAUUGCGUCAAAUAUGAUGUUUCUAAGUAUAUCUCACAACCAAAUUUCUGGUCCCAUUCCUACGAACAUAUGCCAACUCACAGAGCUCAAAGUGUUGUCCAUUUCUUUCAACAACAAAAUUGGAAAGAUACCCAGAAAUAUUGGUUGUUUAUCUAAACUUGAGGAGUUUUAUGUUGGUGAUAAUCCAAUAAAAGGGAUUAUUCCCACUUCUAUGGGAAAUAUUUCUACUCAUCAAAAACUUUAUUGUGGAAACAAUUGCAUAGUGGGGCAAAUUCCUCCGGAAUUAGGGGAGCUAUCAAAUUUGAGGCAAUUAAGCUUUGUGCAGAAUUAUAAUCUUACUGGUCAUAUUCCAGAGGCUAUUUUCAACAUAUCUUCUUUGGAAAUCAUUGAUUUCAGUUCCAACAACCUCUCGGGUAGAAUUCCGACAACUACAGGUCUUCAUCUUCCGAACCUUGAAGGACUUUUCUUGGGGCAAAUUCCGUUGUUCAUAACAAAUGCUUCCAAGCUUGAAACGCUGGGGCUAGAAAAUAACUUUCUCAAAGGAACAAUUCCAACUAAUUUGGGCAAUUUCCGUGAGCUGCAUGCACUGAUCCUAAAUAGUAAUCAACUUACCAAUGAACCAAGAGAGCAUGAGUUGCAAUUUUUCAAUUCUUUGGCGGACAGUAGGAUGUUGCGAUAUCUACAAGUGGGUUCUAAUCCGUUGAAUGGCGUUCUUCCCUAUUCGAUUGGGAACCUUUCAUCUACUAUUGAAGUAGUAUAUUUAGCAGAUGCACACAUCAGUGGCUUCAUGCCCGCUAGUACAGGCAACAUAAGUGGUCUUAUUACCCUAGUAUUUCAAAAUAACAACUUGAUGGGAAACAUUCCUUCUGAGAUUGUUUUAGAAGGUGUAAUACCCAGUGGUGGCGUGUUUGCAAAUUCCACUCUGCAAUCAUUUCUUGGGAAUAAAGGUCUAUGUGGAAUGCACAUAUUGGAGGUUCCUCCUUGCCCUAUCACUAAAUCUGGACAACAAUCAAAGUCUAAGAAGCUUGUGCUAAAAAUUGUUAUUCCAGUGAUCAGCACUUACCCAUUGAUUUCUUUUCAUGAGAUUCAACGAGCAACAAGUAAUUUUGAUAGAUCAAAUUUAAUCGGUGUGGGAAGUUCUGGCUCUGUGUACAAAGGAACAUUAUCUAGAGGAACUGUGGUGGCCAUAAAGGUUUUAGAUUUGGAAAAUAAGCAAGUAUGCAAGAGGUUUGAUACCGAAUGCGAAGUGAUGAGAAAUGUUAGACAUAGAAAUCUUCUCCCUGUUAUUACUACUUGUUCUAGUGAGUAUAUAAGAGCCUUUGUUCUGCAUUAUAUGUCCAACGGGAGCGUUGAGAAUUGGUUGUACAGAGAAGAUUGCCACUUGAACCUUCUCCAAAGAGUCAUUGUGAUGCUUGAUGCAGCUAUGGCAAUUGAAUAUGUACAUCAUGGUUAUGAAACUUCGAUAGUUCACUGUGACCUAAAGCCAUCAAACGUUCUUUUGGAUGAAGAUAUGGUGGCUCAUGUUGGUGAAUUUGGCAUCUCCAAAAUUUUAGCGGUAAGCAAGUCUAUGGAACACACCAAGACAUUGGGCACUCUUGGAUAUAUUGCUCCAAGUACAAGAAAAAUCCCCUCUCUUUGA